UAAACUUUCAAGGGAGGGCAACGGGAGGGAAAGGAGAAAGGAAGGAAGGACAGGAGGGGAGAGGAACAAAUGGGGCCUUUUUUAAUCUGUGCUGAUCAAGGAAAACCUGUAGGGGUCCUUAAGGAGGUUUCAAGGCGUUCCGAGUGAUUGGAAAGUAAUCACCGUGUCAGCUUCACCUUUCUCAUGCAAAGUGGAUGUCGUAUGCAAGGCGGAUCCUGCACAGGUUUUGUGUGUGUUUUUUUUCCCUCUCCUCGGACUCAACCGCCCCCUAAAAACUCCAGCUGCUCCAGCCCCCGGAGUUCCUGCUGCCGCGGGGGGAGCGGAGCAGACACACACAGAGCACACGAGAGCCAGCCCUGCUCUGCAGAGCGCCCGAGAGGCGACCUAUUGCAAACCCCGACCGGAGGGCGGCGAGAGGGGGGGACUUUUCAGGCCCCCCUCUUCAGUGGCUUAGAUAUUUCCUCCUCCUCCUCCUUUAUUCUGCAAUCGAAUAAACCAAUCCCCACCUCUUGGGAAGAAAGUAAGGAGCCGUGACCCGGUCUGGGAAGAGGAAAAUCCCUGGAGGAACCCGCUGCACCAAAGCCGCCCGGGACAUGUGCAAGUUGAAGCAGUGAUCGCCGGGAUCUGCCCAGACCCAAACUGUUCCGGCAUCGCUCCGCUGGUGCUUCGAGGAAGGCAAAGCGGGGAGGAGGAGGAGGAGGAGGAGGAGGAGGAAGGGUGGCGGAAAGACGGAUCGCAAAAGUGGAAGCCCGGGGAAAGAGAAAGUUGCCGGGCUCCCCGCAGUAAGUCGCGCGCAUCUGUGGAUCGGCGGUGCUUGCUUCCUUUCCGCGGCCGGCUGCUGGCGAAGUUGCCCGCGCCGCUGCCGUGCCCUGGCGGCGCCGCUGCGGGGCGGCGCGGGGCGCUGAGCGGGGCGGCGCGGGCGAUGCCGGCCCCCGCGCCGCCGCCGCGCUCCGGGCGCCGCCGCCGCGCUCCCCGCGCAGGGUGGGCGGCGGUGCCGGCCGCGGCGGGAGCGGCGCGGCCGCGGGACUGAGUCGCUGCGGGCCCGCGCUCCCCCGCCGCCGCCCGGCCGCCCGGCCGCCUGCGACGAUGGGGCCGGCGAUGAGGAGCUGCGUGCGGACUGUCCUGGUGCUCGGCUGGCUGCCCUGCUUCUGCGCGGGGAUCAGCUCCAUAGACAUUGACCGCCCCGGUGACGGGAGGUGCCAGCCUAUAGAAAUCCCCAUGUGCAAGGAUAUAGGGUACAACAUGACGAGGAUGCCCAACCUGAUGGGCCAUGAAAACCAGAGGGAAGCUGCCAUUCAGCUGCACGAGUUCGCCCCGUUGGUGGAGUACGGUUGCCACAGCCAUCUGAAAUUUUUCCUCUGCUCUCUCUAUGCCCCUAUGUGCACGGAGCAGGUCUCUACACCAAUCCCUGCCUGCAGGGUUAUGUGUGAGCAGGCGAGGCUGAAAUGCUCUCCUAUUAUGGAGCAGUUCAAUUUUAAGUGGCCAGACUCCUUAGACUGCAGCAAACUGCCCAACAAGAAUGACCCCAAUUACCUCUGCAUGGAAGCCCCGAACAACGGGUCAGAUGAGCCCCCCAGAGGAUCCAGCAUGCUGCCACCCAUGUUUCGGCCGCAGAGGCCCAGCAGCGCUCAUGAUCUGCAGCAGCACAAGGACAGCCUCAGCAGAGCCUCCUGUGAAAAUCCUGGCAAGUUCCACCAUGUGGAGAAGAGUGCGUCCUGUGCCCCGCUCUGCACGCCGGGGGUUGAUGUUUACUGGAGUAAGGAUGACAAACAGUUUGCUGUCAUUUGGAUUGCCAUCUGGUCCAUUCUGUGCUUCUUCUCCAGUGCUUUUACUGUACUUACUUUCCUGAUAGAUCCUCAGCGUUUCAAGUACCCCGAGAGGCCCAUUAUCUUCCUUUCUAUGUGCUACUGUGUCUACUCAGUGGGGUACAUUAUCCGCCUCUUUUCAGGUGCUGAAAGCAUAGCCUGUGAUAGGGACAGUGGCCAGCUCUAUGUCAUCCAGGAAGGACUGGAGAGCACUGGCUGCACCAUUGUGUUCCUGGUUCUAUAUUACUUUGGUAUGGCGAGCUCCUUAUGGUGGGUUAUCUUGACUUUAACUUGGUUUCUAGCAGCUGGGAAAAAAUGGGGGCACGAAGCAAUUGAAGCAAACAGUAGCUACUUUCACUUGGCAGCGUGGGCCAUUCCCGCUGUGAAGACUAUAAUGAUCCUAGUUAUGAGAAGGGUAGCUGGAGAUGAGCUGACAGGGUUGUGCUAUGUUGGAAGCAUGGAUGUGAAUGCCUUGACUGGGUUUGUACUCAUUCCUUUGGCUUGUUAUCUAAUCAUUGGCACUUCUUUUAUUCUUUCUGGUUUUGUGGCCCUUUUUCAUAUCAGGAGGGUGAUGAAAACAGGUGGAGAAAAUACUGACAAGUUGGAGAAACUUAUGGUCAGGAUUGGUGUCUUCUCAGUCUUGUACACAGUGCCUGCGACUUGUGUGAUAGCCUGCUAUUUUUAUGAGAGACUUAAUAUGGAUUAUUGGAAAAUCGUGGCAACUCAACAGAAAUGCAAGAUGAACAAUCAGACUAAAAAUUUAGACUGCAUGAUGAAUAACUCUAUUCCAGCAGUAGAAAUUUUUAUGGUCAAAAUUUUUAUGCUAUUAGUUGUUGGCAUUACUAGUGGUAUGUGGAUCUGGACUUCCAAGACUCUUCAGUCCUGGCAAAAUGUUUGUAGUCGAAGAUUAAAGAAGAGAAGUAGGAGAAAACCUGCAAGUGUUAUUACAAGUAGUGGAAUCUACAAGAAAUCUCAGCAUCCACAGAAAACUCACCAUGCAAAAUAUGAGUCAACAUUACAACCGCCCACUUGUGUGUGACUGGGUUUUAGACAAGGUUAUAUCUCAUCUUAGAGACUUACAAAUGUCCACAGUAGCAGUCAGAAAUUAAAAAAUAAAAUGAUGCUUUUUGUCAGAGGACAGUUUAAUAGCUCAAGGCAAAAAAUGUAUCACUCUGAAUUCAGGAGCUGGUGAAGGUAAAUAUACUUAUGGAAAGGUUUUCAGUGAAAGAAAUAUGAAUUGAAACAGCCUCUUCUGUUACUAAUUUGUAGUAAAAUACUUCAUCCAGCCAUCAGAUUUAAAAUAUAUAUAUAUAUAUAUUUAACUUUUUCAUGUAGCUGAGCUGGAUUUCCUACAGGUUUCUGAGUAACAAGGUAUAGUCAAAUUUUAUGGAGCAAUGGUUUUCUUUUAAAAGCAUCCAAGUGAGCAUUGUCUCUUGGGGAAAGUAAGGUCCCAAAGAGGCCUAUACUCAGUAAGUAUACUAUCUGUGAAAGCAACUUCCGUGCUAACUUCAAAAAAAAAGAGAAAUCCUUUACGACUCAUCUCAGCCUAGUGGGUUUGGAGUGCCUAAAAAUAGGUCCCAUCUAUAGUGCUCACGAAUAUUCUUUCACUAAAAGAGAAACUUCCUGCACCAGACACAAACUUUGUGAAUAAGAAUAAUGUGCAAUACAUUUUUUUUCUUACCAUGACAUGAAAAGAGAAACAAGUAUUUUGCUGUACAUAAAGACAACAAAAGAAAUCUCUUAACAAAAGAACUAAGAGGUCUAGUCCUCAGAAACCCUUUAGUGUUACAUUUUGUGGCUUUUUAAUGGAAAUCAAGCCAAUGUUAUACACGUUUGGACUGAUUUGUGAAAAAAAAAGGGGGGGGAUCAAUUCAAAGAGACCCAAAGGGCUUAUUGACUCUUUCUAUUGUUAAACAAAUUCUCACUAUGAAUAGAUCAAGAAGCACUAGAUUCUGCAAAGGGAAGCUUUGUAUAGAGUGAUGCUCUUUACUGUGCUGGGGGUGCACAGUUGUGUGCUGUAUAUAUUUGUAAUAUACAAUUAUUUUUCAUGCUCCGCUAUUUUAUUAAAAAUAAAAUACGUCUUUAGUUUGAUAAUUUUGUGUUCUAAACUUUCUCUGAUGUGCUUUGUGGUUAAUAAACUUGUUUUCUCAAUUAUUUGCUAAAAGCACAUUUCAAAUAUAAUAGCUGUUGUACUUGCCUGAGAAUAUAACCAGACAGAACCAUAAUUUGCUAAAAAAGAGAUUGCAAGUUGUAAUUAAAUAAAUGGAUUUUGACGUUG